CGGAGGGAAAACUCGGACCAAUGGGCAACCUCGGCAUCUCCAUCUGGGAGGAGCCUGAAACAUCGUCCCUCCUUCCUAGGCACUGCGCAUGCUCCGUAUUCUUGAAGCCGGUUCCGUUUAGUGAACCGGAAGUCGGGAAGUUCUGCAGUAAGAAAGAAAAAUGGCCGCAGAGGGGACCAGGUCUGUGCUGUUCGUCUGCCUGGGUAAUAUUUGUCGCUCACCUAUAGCAGAAGCAGUUUUUAGAAAACUUGUAGCUGAUCAAAAUAUUUCAGAUAAGUGGAUUACUGACAGUGCUGCUGUCUCUGACUGGAAUGUGGGGCGUUCCCCAGAUGCAAGAGCUAAAAACUGCCUAAGAAAUCAUGACAUUAAUACAUCUCAUAAAGCAAGACAGAUUACCAAAGAUGAUUUCCUCACCUUUGAUUAUAUACUCUGUAUGGAUGACAGCAAUCUGAGAGAUUUGAAUAGGAAGGUUAAUCAAGUUAAAAACAGCAAAGCUAAAAUUGAACUUCUUGGAAGCUAUGAUCCACAAAAACAACUUAUUAUUGAAGAUCCUUAUUAUGGAAAUGACUCUGACUUUGAGACUGUGUAUGAACAAUGUAUGAGGUGCUGCAAAGCAUUUUUGGAAAAAGCUCAUUAAGACUCAUAUUUAUUGCUGAAGGACAACAAUGAUUGACAUCGACUUAAAAAUGAUGUAUGUAUAUCAGUUGAUGUGUUAUUAAAGAGUAAUAAUGUACCACGGUUGGAGCCAUUGUUUCUUCAAUUUAUUUAAUGUUCAUAUAUUCUAAUUUUGAAAGAAUUAAAAUUACUCAUUAUAUUUGAAGCAAAAAUUGAUUAUAUCAAUUUAAUUUUCAAACUAGUCAGACCUCCCAAUUUGUUUCUCAAAUUAAAAAAAUGAAUUGGAUAGUAGAACAAACUAAAACUUGCAUAUCAAAACUAAGAAACUUCUAUAAUGCAGUUAUUUAUUAAGAAUAUUUAGUAGAUUUGACUAUCAGCUUGAUUUAUGUCUAAUUGGGAUCUUUAACAGGUAAAUUAAAACAUUUACCUUUAUGUCCUAGACAGUAGAAAAUACCUGAGGUCAUUGUGAAAGUUUAAAGAAAAGUGUAAGUUAGUACUUUAACAGUCUUUGAUGAGUAUAACUUAAUGAAAAACAAAUAUUUUUGUUCAUCUUGUAUUAUCUUUUAAAAUUUGGACUGUCCUUUAAAAUAAAUGCAACCUCUGCCUUAGGAGUUUGUAAUGUGAAUUAUACACAAAUAUAUACUCUAAGGUGAAAAAAUAAUGGGAGAGUAUGUAAUUAGUCUUUAGGACCUGAUUAAUCUCUUGACCUUUAUAUAUAGUGCUCCAAAAGUGUUAGUACAAUUUUAAGUCAUUAAAGCUUUUUGGACAUGCUACACAUCAGAACUUUGUUUCAAAGAAAAGUCAGUUUAUUGUACUUUGACUGUCAUUGUCUCCUUCAAAUUUAAAUUUUAUAACAUGAAGAAUAAUACUUUGCCAUAUCUUAUCUAUAUCAUUUGCACUGUUUUAUUUGUCAAUUUGAGAUAAAUUAUUUUGUUUUCAACAUCACCUAAAAUUCAAAUAUACACAUACAUGGAUAAUGAAAUACACUGAACAUUUGGGGUCAAAGGAGCAAUAAUUAUGCCAUAACAUGUGGUGAAAAUACCGUACCCAAAGAAAUUUGGAGUGUGCUAGUAGAUUUUCUUUCAAUGUUUUAACAAAUUUAUGUGUAUGUAUAAGUCACUUUGAAGGGAAUUGUUCUUUUUAAUUCAUUUGGAGACUUCACAAAAUUUAAUUAUUUUUAAAAUAAACACAUGAAAAUAUUUUGA